GUUAACAGCUUCUGAAUAGGUAGGCUAUACUAUACGGACUAAUCAGGAAGAGAUCAUAAUAUGAGUUUCAGUCUGGAUGUAGUUCGUCCGCAUUCAAAUUAUCUCUUUGGCUUCUUACAAACGCUGUCCUGCUAUUCAAACUUGUGACAGAGAUACAUCUAAACGCACCUUCAGCAAUCAGGAGUCAAGAAAUCGGACACGUUGACUCCUUACUUGGUGUUGAUUUGGAUUAUUUAAUCAUUUAAAAACUAAAUUAAGAUAAUGAAUAUGACUAGUCUCCUGUGACAUUAUUGUGCAGAGGAAAACGCUGACUACUGUCCUUUGGAAAAUAGAUAAACGUUCCUUUUAAAAGCUGAAUGGCGUAUUGCUAUUGUCGGUGGCGUCGGGUGCUCCUGUGCCUGUGUAUGCCCUGCAUCUUGCUGGCAUUGCUGAUUACCUACAUUGCUGUGAUGGUGUGGUUCAACAUGACCUCCACCACCAGCACCAUCUCAGGCGCAUUGGAUACCCACUUUAUUGCCCCUGGUAGCUUUAGAAAUGAUGGCAAUGCCCCUAUACCCACCAAUACUUUUUGGGCCCUCCAGCCAAACAAGGAUGCUCUCUGGAAUCAGCUCCAGCGGCUCAAUGACCGCCAGUACAACCCCAUCCUGAGGUCCCACUCCACCGUGGGAGCCAGGAACAGCAGCAUCGUAAAAGACACAUCAGAGAGGUCCCGCUUCUCAUUGAGCAUAGUGUCCUCUCCAGAGUCUCAAAUGGCCGAUUUUGAAAAGCUGCCGAGCCACUUGAGAGAUUUUGUGCGUUACAUGCACCAGAGGGAGUACCCUGUCCUCAGAGAGCCUGCCAGGAGCUGUGAAAAAGGGAGAAGGGCAGAGGGCAAUCCGCAGGCCCCUCUUCUCUUACUGGCCAUCAAAUCACAGGAAGAAAACUUUGCUAAUCGCCAGGCCAUCCGGCAAACGUGGGGCCAGACGGGCUGGGUGUUGGGGAAGCGGGGGCGGGGUGGGUUAGUCCAGCGGGUGUUUCUACUGGGGAAAAAUCAGGCAAAGACAGCAUUGAAUGUGUUGCCACUGUUAGAGCUGGAAAGCCAGCAGUACCAGGACAUCCUCCAGUGGGGCUUCCACGACUCCUUCUUCAACCUCACUCUGAAAGAUGUGCUUUUCUGGGACUGGUUCUCCCACUUCUGUCCUCGCACUCGGUUUGUUUUCAAAGGGGACGAUGACGUUUUGGUUCAAACGCCAGCCUUGCUGGACUACCUUCAGGAGCAAAUGAGCCAGGCAAGAGGGACCAGGGGCCUGAGGAGCUUAAUGGUGGGGGACGUCAUUGGUGCAGCCAACCCUAUCAGGGAUGAAUCUGUAAAGUACUUCAUUCCAGGCAGCCUCUAUAAGGGUUUGUACCCUGCAUAUGCCGGUGGGGGAGGUGUAGUCUACUCUAGCUUCCUGGCCAGGCGUCUGAACCAGGUGUCCCGCAGAGUCCACCUCUUCCCAAUAGAUGACGUUUACGUGGGCAUGUGCCUUCAGAGGCUUGGCGUCAGUCCCAUCCACCACCCUGCAUUCCUCACUUUUGACUUUUUCAAAAAGGAAGCGGAGCAACCAUGCAGGUACCAUUCCAUCCUCGUUGUCCAUAAGCGAAACCCAGCCCAGAUAACACAGAUUUGGAUGGAUCUCAUGGCGACAAAGUCUCAGUGCAUCAACGCCACACUGAGAGUGGAGGAGAGUGUUGGGAAAGGGUUUACAAAGGGAUCUGCCAUAAAAUAUUAAACAGGACACCAUUUCACAUUUAGACAUUCCAUAAUGUGUCAGAUGGCUGAGCGGUUAGGGAAUCGGGCUACUAAUCAAAAGGUUGACGGUUCGAUUCCUGGCCGUGAAAAAUGAAGUUGUGUCCUUGGGCAAGGCAUUUAACCCUACUUGCCUCGGGGGGGGGGCUCUGGAUAAGAGCGUCUGUUUAAUGACUAAAUGUUAAUAAUAAUAUAUGAUCCAUGUAUUUAUGAUGCUUAAUAUCACCACUAUCAUUAUCUGCAUUAUGUGUAAGUAUUUGUAAUGGCCUUUGGGCCUUUUUACCUCAACUCUUUAUUUAUCUAGCUUUUUUACAAUGGGUUUCGGUUUCUGGUCGUUCGGGUUAUUCUGAGGAGUUUCAUUCUCAAUUUACAUGCACGGGGACCAAUUUCACAACUUUAUUUGAUCAUCCAAGAAAGUAUAUUCAAAUAAAACAUUUAAACUUUAAUAUCUACUUGCUCUUCAUUGGAACUCUAAUGUUAAUGUAUUC